AUGCACAACCUCUACGACCCAAACCGCAUCGACGGGCCCUUCUAUAGGUUCUUUGCCUUCAACUCCAAGAAAAAGAAGCCCGACCAGGACUUGCGCACCUCCCUUCUCCAUGCCCUGCGACUACCAAACCCGUCCUUGCGAAUGUCGGCCGCACCCAUGGAUAUUCCCCAAACCGCCUUUGCCGGCGGCGCUCAAUCAGGGCUGUCGCAGUCAAAGUCCACCUAUACCAGCUCGCUGAGGCUGCGGUUCGGCCGCGAACGGGCCGACAGCUUCCGGACCGAGACAAGUAGCGUCUGCACCGACUCGACCGACAUCUCGGCCUUUUAUGGCCCUGGGAUGAUGUCGCUUCCGUACGAGGUUUGGGCCCGUGUCGUCCACUUCCUGCCAAACCCAACCAACUUUACCCGCCUGUGUCGAUGGAGCUACUGCAUCUCCAAAGAACCCACCUUGCGUCGCGACUGGCUGCUGACCCAGUAUGGCCGGCUUGCCCUCUACUACGGCCUCAAGAAGCACAAGAACCUGCUCACUCUGUCGCUUGCCGAGCUGCUGAUCCAGGAAGAACGAGUCGUCCCGCGUUUCUUCUGCCAGCUCAUCAACAGAACCAUCUACAAGCCGCCGUCGCCGUCGACAACCCUAAACGACUCUGAAUCGCAGCCUCAGCAGACACAGCUCGUUCGCCAACCAACCGAGAUCGAGCGGCUGAUUAUCUUGCAAGGCUACCAUCUGUACGGCGACGAGUCCGGUAUUGCCUGCGACGACAUCGGGGCCUUUGAGCAGCACGCCAACAACAUGGCGGCCUCCAAAAACAUGAUUCGCGAGCUCAUCGUCAAGUACGGCUUUGUUCCAUUGGAAGAGCUCACGCCUAUGGCUGCCCUCCGCAUCUACCAGAUCGCCAAACUCGAUAUGCUCCUGCUGUCCGCCCUCGAGUCCAACGGCCUGCAUCUGAGACGUAUCAACAACCCCUUCAUGAAGCUCAUCCUGCGCGACAACCACGCCUCGAUCGAUCAAGUCCGCAUGUACAUCUCCCGAGGCAUGCGCUUCACCAAGUCGCUCGUCAGCGAGGUCAUCCGCGAAGGCUUUGAGCCAAGCGCGCUCCAGCUCCUCGAGUCGUUCGUGCCGCAAGAGGUCCUGUUCCACUGCUCCAGGAAGCUGCUCCAGGACUUUAUGGGACCCAGCGGCCACGCCAACAUCCCGGCCAUGAGCACGAUCGUCUCGCUCAUCAAGGUGCCCGAGUCCUACAUCGAGGAGGCGCUCAUGAAUGACAACCAUCGCGGCGGCGCAUGCUUUACCCGCUGCUACGAGCAGCCCCAGCCCGCCGUGAUCUGGACCUGGGUCCUCAACACCUACGGCGCCAAGCAUCGCUUUUCGGUGACCUGCUUCGACGACCUCAUUACCUGGGUCGGCGAGCUCGGCACCUCGAGUCGCGCGGCGUACUACCAGCGCGAUCCCAGCGCCGACCCCAUGAAGCUCGUGCUGUCGUUUGUCGCCAGCGGCUGCCGCAUCCAGAUCCGCCACGUCAAGAGCAUCGCGCACGGCGCCUUGCAGAGCGCCUCAGACUCAUCGGCCCAGAUCGUGCGCGGCCUGAUGCAGCGCUUCUGCGGCGAGAUCUACGAGCGCAAAAUGACCGAGACCGAGAAGACACAGUGGAUCUCGGCCUGGAAAGACGCCAUUUUGAUGAACCAGGAGUGGAAGAAGCAGUUCAAGGCGCUCGCUGCCUCUGGCUCCAGCGUGUACGGCACCCGCCUGCAGUCCUUUGCGACCCUUCGUGGAUCCUCGAGCCGGUCCAAGUCGCCGUCGAUCUACUCGCCCGAUCGCCAGGACGGAAUCCAUCUCCAUGGCCACCACAGCGUCAUCAGCCUCGCGUCGUCUCACUCCCCUCAGAGCCCGACCUUCCCGGGCGAUGUUCCGAUGGUCAAGCUGCCGUCCAUGACUCGCAUCGGCUCGGCGUCUGGAUCGGACCGAGUUCUGUACCAGGAGUCCUUCCUCGAGGCUGUGCACGAGUUGCUCACGUUCCUGACGAACUCGCUGGACAGCAAAACCAAGAUGACCCGCAGCCGAUCACGAUACACCGAGAAGCUUAUCAAGUUUGGCAAGACUCUUACCAUCUGA